AUGGCUACAACUGGCUUGGAGCAAAUGAAAGGAACCACUGGAGACGGAAGGUUAAGUAUGCCCACUGAAAAUAUGACCUCGCCGUCUACUACUAAACUUAAUGAAUUGCUACGAGGAUUGAAAGAACAAGUUCAAGCCCAGACCGAGGCCCAGACUGAAGCUGAGUCAGGAGUUGAUGUGACUGAGCCAGUCACAACUUCUGACGAGACGAAUUCUGGCCAGGCUACAGGUUCUGUUUCUCAAAAUUAUACAGUGUCCAAAGCUGAUGGAAAGACCAGGAAAGUUUCGGUAUCGGUACCGAACGAUCGACAACAGGACACAGCAAACGCAGUUGCUCAGUUUGGGAAACCGGGAUCAGAUUUAUCGACACAGCUGCAUGAAUUGAUCAAUAACAACUCGGAGUUGGGAUCGAGACUGCUAUCGCUUUUGCUCGUGAGCAGUGGGAACGCAACAGAUAUUAUUAACGCUGUAAAUAAUGGCGAUCUGUCGAAACUGAAUGGACUCACAAAAAUAUCACAACCGCCACCAUCGCUAGCGACUUCGACUACUGGUAACGAGAAAAAGACCACCACCACCACUACUACUAAUACCACUAUAUCGGAUAAACAGGAUUCAGUUGGUACUGAUAUAACGAAAGAUGACAUAGCAGAAGAAGAUAACGAUCUGAUAUGGAAACAACUAGAGAAACGGAGAAAGAAUACAGAAGCGUCGGCGAGAUUCAGAAUACGCAAGAAACAAAGAGAAAAGGAGAAGUUUCAACAGUUGAGACAGCUAACUAAAGAUAUUAACGAUAUGUACGAUACCAUCGAUUCUCUCAUUAGUGAAAAUAGUUACUGGAAGAAGAAACUAGAGGAACUGAAUGAAAUUAAAUCGAAGGAGUUAUUGGACAAUAUCAAACGACGCAAUGGUCUAUAG